UGAAUAAGGGUCUGGAACACCUAGUACAUGUACCUAUCUGACGUGGCGUACUGCUGUGUAACCCGCAAACGAAAGACUGACAUCAUACGGAGUUAAGAGGCAGAUAGUGUACCUACCUAAUCUCAGAAUUUAGAGCGUUUCGAUUUAUCAGUCUAUCGGCCACGUGGGGCUUGUGUGUCAUGGGGACCCUCUAGCGCUUUCUCUAAUGCAGGUGUCUUUUCUUUUUCUUUUUUUUUCUUUUUGAUUUGUCGUUUGAAACGCUUCAACUUCAUCUCUUCUUGUAUGUACCGUUGUUAUAUAAGCCAUCAUUCGGGCUUGUUUCUUCACCCCAUCUAGGAUCAAGUUCUAGCUGAUUGGUGUUGCCCGUUUUGAUUCCCAACUACGUCUCCAGAGUUUACCAACCCAUACAAAUACCAACCGCGGUCACGAACAUCUCCUGCAAGUACGAGCUAUCCUGUCAGUACUUAAAGGCAGGAUGUCCCCCAAUAACCUGGAAGGCAUCGAACCCGGCGUCGUAAUAACUCCCAAGGUCUCCGAACCAUGGACGGUCGAAAAAGUACUGGCACAAAUCCAUCCCGAAGCCCCUGCCGAGGGGUCGAGCUCACCGGUUCCUUUCUUUCAUAUCCUCGAGCGGUUAAAGACGAGCAAGCGAGAAGGAUGGCGGCGGUUCGGUAUUAACAGAGGCGAAUCGAUCGCGGAUCAUAUGUAUCGCAUGUCCUUAAUGACUUUCCUAUGCCCUCCUUCGCUUGCAUCCAAGCUCGAUCUUAACAAAUGCAUGAAGAUGUGCCUCAUUCACGAUAUGGCCGAAUCGAUCGUUGGGGACAUUACGCCGGUAGAUGGUGUCCCGAAACCGGAGAAAAGCCGUCGCGAGGCCGAGACGAUGGACUAUAUAUCUAAAAAUUUAUUGGGCAAUGUGUAUGGAGGGGUUGCCGGACAGGAGAUCCGAGCAAUCUGGCAGGAGUACGAGGAUUCCAAAACACCCGAAAGCCUCUUUGUCCACGACGUGGACAAGAUGGAAUUAUUGUUGCAAAUGGUGGAGUACGAGAAGCGGGCAGAUAAGCGCCUGGACCUGGGCGAAUUUGCUUACGUUGCGACCAGGAUCGUACUUCCGGAAACGCAGGAGUUGGCAAAGGACAUCCUUAAGGAACGCGAAGAGUUCUGGGGGUUAGCACCGCAUGUUCAUGGCGAAGCCGGUGUGAAUGGCGGUGUGAAAAAGGCGACGACACAGGAUCAAGAUGCCUACUACUCUAAAGAGGAGAGCUAAAAAGGAGAUAGGUUCAAUGCUAUAGCGGUAAGCAAAGCAUAUUGCGGUAUUGCAGUCUUGCGCCGAUAUCGAAAGAUUCUUGGUGUUGUUGUUUACGCUUUUUGCUUUAUGUCAGGUACAUAUGGAGUGUAUUAUCACAUUAUCACAUUAUCAUGGCAGGUAGAAUGGGAGUAGGGGUUUGGGAUGGCAUACAUACCUUACAUACCUCACUAGAGAAUGGAGCUUAUGGUUAUGACCAAUAAUGAUAGAAUAUUGCAACGCUACCGACCGCCUGUUUUAUUUCGCCGGUGAGGAUGCGCGGAGGAAAGAUUAAAAAAAAAAAAAAAAAAAAAAGGCAUUAAAAUACUAGCACCUUUACAUUCAAUGUAACAUUUAGCUGGGACCCGCUAUAUUGAAUCUGGUAUCCGGAAGUGGCACCCGGGGUUGGCUCCUUGGCGACCUGGCAACGGCUGUUCUAUUGACUUUACACUUUACUGGCAAAUGAUUCCGACCCAGCAACGGGUGUGAUAAUCAAACUCAACAAUUAAAUUUCUGGAAUUGGAAUUAAAAGUGCAGCGUUCAAACACUUAUU